AUGGCUCACAGCUUGCUUGCGCGAUACCCCUGGGUAGCCAGCCCGUUUGUGGUCAGCGCCCCAAUGAAAGUCAUGUCAGGCCCAGCACUCGCUGUCGCAGUAUCCCGCGCUGGCGGACUGGGAUUCAUCGGACCCGGUGCCAAAACACAAGAUACGACUAAUGACCUGGAGAAAGCAUCAACACUCAUUGCCAAUACCAUCCCAACCACCAGCGCCUUACCCGUUGGUGUUGGAUACCAGCUUUGGGCCGAUGACGUUGGAAUCGCCGUUGCCGCCAUUGAGAAAUACAAACCGUGUGCUGUAUGGCUAUAUGCACCGAAACAGGGCAGUCAAGACUACAACGAUUGGUCCAGCAGGAUCCGAAAGGCUUCACCCGAAACCCAGAUUUGGAUCCAGAUCGGCACACUGAAAGAAGCCAAGCAGCUACUCCAGCUUUCCGAGUCACCGGACGUUGUUGUAGUUCAAGGUGCGGAAUCUGGUGGUCAUGGUCGGGCGAAUGAUAGUAUGGGCUUGAUGUCACUGUUCCCCGAGGUUGCGGAUGUCAUGGCAAGUAGUCGGAUUCCUCUAUUUGCCGCGGGUGGUAUUGCCGAUGGGAGAGGCCUUGCUGCGGCGAUGUGUCUGGGUGCGUCUGGUGCUGUGAUGGGGACUCGGUUCUUGGCCGCUAGUGAAGCGCGCAUCAGUCGAGGCUAUCAGGAUGAAGUUGUGCGCGCGUCAGAUGGUGCGGUCUCCACGACUCGUACGCUUCUUUAUAACCAUCUUCGGGGUACUUUUGGGUGGCCGGAGGAAUACAGUCCCCGCACUAUUGUGAAUCAAUCUUAUGUUGAACAGCAACAAGGGAAGUCUUUCGAGGAACUGAAAGUACUUCAUGAUGAAGCUGCCAAAGCGGGCGAUGAAGGCUGGGGUCCUACUGGGAGACUUGCAACUUAUGCUGGUGCUUCGGUCGGACUGAUACAUGAUGUCAAGAAUGCCGGGGAAAUUGUUCGUGAGACUCGGAACGGGGCACUCGAAAGACUCCAGCAGCUAUUUCCUCUUAAGAAUUAA